AUGCUCCCAAGAGAAGACGGAUGGUUGCAAGUCCAAAGAAGGAAGAAUCUGGCGAGCAAACUAGCGAUCAAGAUUGGCAGCGUUGGAACAAACUUCUUCGUCACCAACAUACCCAACAGCGUAAACAAGACGGAGUUUAGAAAUAAUUUAUCCCCUUUCGGGAUUUUAUCUGACGUAUAUUUCGGGGGGUCGGGGGAUAGGAAGUACGUCGGGGGCGGUCUUAGAGAUGGGAGAUCCUUUGUCGAAGUCACUGGCCACAAAUUGGUACCACCACCCUCCCUUAAAGUACUGCCACGUCAUGUACACCUGCAAGUUGACAAAUCAAUGGACUUAUGGAUGAAGUAUAGGGCCCUGUCAGGUGAGGCAAGGUCUAUUCAACAUCUUACCCACAUGUCAGCUUUGUUAUCUAUCCACUGUGAUAAACCAGUUGAAGUAAAAUAUAUCGGAGGACUAAGGAUACCCUUGAGAUUCGAUAGGGCUGAAUCUCCUCAAGAUUUCUUAAGAGAUGAAGAAGUUUGGAAGAAAAUGUUCAACUGGCUCUCGGAAGGUAACUCAUCAUGUGUCAACUUCGAGAGGCUCGCAUGGGUAAAGAUUGUUGGGUUACCACUCAAGUUCUUGUGUGAAUCUAAUUCCAAGAAAAUCAUUCUCAAGUUUGGAAAAAUUAUUUUUCCAUUUGAUGAUAUCAAAAACUGUGUUGAUCUCUCGUGCAUCAAACUUGAGCAACCUUAUGUCUCCGAUGUUGAAACAAGAUCGGAUGUGGUGCAAGGAAAGGAAAAUUCAGUCGUAAACAAUGAUCAAGGAAUAUCACCAUUAGAAGCUAAUGAAGUGGAAGAAGGGGAAAUCGUGGCCAAAGAGGUUGAAACUCCACCGGAGACUCCAACGGAAGUGGUGUCAAAACCCGAUGAUGGAAUUUCAAACAACGGUAACAAUCUUGGAAUCAGAAUAUAA